AUGGAAGCGCUCAGUAGGCUGUUUCAAGACCCUGGUAGGUUGUCGCUAAGAAAGUGUGCUAGUGUCAGGGGCGAUUGCUCACCGUGGGAAUUUGGCUCCCCAAGCGAUGAGGCCGUGGGCUUGGGUUCCGAUUUUGCGGCCUUUUCAAACCAUGAAGCAUUUCAUGCUGUUCACGUAACGAUAAUCACCGGUGUUGCACACUUAUAA